CACGAAGCCAGGCAUAACUGAAGCCAGCUUGCUGCCGCCUAGUGCAAUGGAAGAAGCAUUGGCGGCCUGAAUGCGAGAGUUGCAACAGAAGGUGAGCACCGACGACAACGUCAACCGCAACCAGCCGUUAGUGGACGAUUGGGACUUCGAGCUUCCAAACACACAUGACACUUCCCAUAUCAACGAACAGGUUGUCUGCCAAGGACGGUACCGUCAAUAUCCGAUGUGACAACUGUUCCCAAUUAGGUACAGGCUGAAGAUCGAUGGCAUCUCCCGCGCGAAGUGGACUGGCUGAACUGGAUGCCAAAUGCGGCACGUUUCAUCUUCACGCCGAGCGCGCCGACUUCAGGCGACGAUACGCAGAUCAUCCAUGAUGUGGUCCCUUGUGGCCGUGAGAAGUACGGCUCCAAUCGCCUCCUUACAAACUGCAUUGCACGCAGAGGUCAGUUUCCGAAAGCAUUGCGCACGCUGCAUUCUCGCAUAGGCAGUUUUGGCCAUGUCCACAGAUCUAUCAUGUCGCGAACGUCAUCUUCGACCGUGCACAUGCGGAGCAGAAGUGGUGGGUGGUGUGCCUGCUACGAGAGCUCGUCUGGGACUGCGCAAAGGAAGGGUAUGGAGAGUACAG